AUGGAGCUUAAAUUUUUAAAUCUUUCUGGUAAUAAAAGAUUUGAAAUCAAACAUGCACAUGUCACAGAGAUCAAUCCACUUAGAGAUAGAAAUCUUGCAGGUUUUGGUGCUUUAACCCGACUCAGUGUUCUAGGUUUGAUGGAUAUUACACUAUUGAAUUUGACAGUACCUGAUGAAAAUGAUAAUAGGCGUAUUAGAACUUCAUCAUCCGAAGUUAAUUCUAUGUCGUAUGGAAUGGCUGAUAUAUUAGGAAUAAAGGACCACCAUCUGUCAAUAUGGGAAACUGUAAUUCCAAAAUUUCGUAGUCGUGAUGACGAAUGUUUAUUUGGCCUUUUUGAUGGGAGAAAUGGUCCGGAUCAAGGUGGUCCUGUUACCAAAUAUUUACACGAUUGGUUUCCGUAUCAUUUCAAGUCUGAGCUUGAGAAACUCAAAGACAAUGAAACAGUUGAAUCAGCAAUCAGAAGAACCUUUUUGGGUUUAAAUAAAGAACUUGGUUUAAAAGUUUUCAAUUCAAGUUUUGAGAAAGAGUAUGCCAGAGAAAACGAGAGUAAUCAUCAUCAUUCAAUAUCAUUACAAAUUGGUAAUAAUAAAUCGGGCGCUUCUGGCUUGAUAGCAUAUAUUUCAGGAACAAAAUUAUACGUUGCAAAUGUUGGUGACACCACAGCGGUCAUCAGUCGUAAUGAUGGUAAUGCACAUGUUAUUGCAAAAUGUGAAGAUCCAACCAGUACAAAUGAAUUCCAAAGAAUAAGAGAAGCUGGCGGAUUUUUAUCUCAUGAUUUUUUGGUGAAUGGUGAAUUUAGUGUUUCUAAAUCAUUUGGACAUUUUCAUUUAAUGCCAAUUAUAAAUUCUAAUCCAGUGAUUGAUGUGAUUGAAUUAUCAGAACAAGAUGAGUUUGUCAUAUUGGCAACAAAGGGAUUAUGGGAUUGUAUGAGUUAUCAGACAGCUGUGGACAUUGCACGAACUGAAAAAAAAGAUUUGAUGAUGGCCGCACAGAAAUUACGUGAUUUUGCUAUUGCAUAUGGUUCGGAAAAAAAAUUAAUGGUAAUGAUUAUUGGUGUGGGAGACCUGUUUUGUCGAAGAUCAAAACCAUCCACAAAUACAGGAGACCCUAAUUUUAAAAAAGCACAAUAUAUCACAGAAGAACCAGGAACAACCUUUUUCUUUGGUACUAGUAAGAAGCGUAUUAGAAAAGAAGAAGUCCCUAGUGAUUCAAUGAUGGCAAGAUUACAAAAAGAAAUUUCUCCGCCAACCGGACAGGUUGCUUUGGUUUUUACUGAUAUUAAAAAUUCAACAUUUUUAUGGGAAACAAUCCCGGUUGCAAUGAGACAUGCAAUAAAACAACACAAUACCAUAAUGCGUCGUCAAUUAAGGAAUAUAGGUGGUUAUGAAGUUAAGACUGAAGGAGAUGCUUUCAUGGUUUCUUUUCCAACCGUAUCAUCAGCUCUUCUUUGGUGUUUUACUGUACAACUUCAACUGCUUGAAGUUGACUGGCCCCAAGAAAUUAUCGAUUCAGAUGAUGGUAAGGAAAUUUAUGGUGGCGAAUAUAAUGAGUUGCUGCAUAGGGGCUUAUCAGUUAGAAUGGGAAUACAUUUAGGCGUACCAGUAUGUGAAACUGAUAUUGUAACAAAAAGAAUGGAUUAUUUUGGGCCAAUGGUGAAUAGAACUGCUAGAAUUUGCAAUGCAGCUGAUGGUGGUCAAAUAUGUGUCAGCUCAGAUGUCGAGGCAGAAAUAAGAUUGUUGGAUGGUCUGAUGGAUGCAAAUGAUCACGAUUCAUUGUUUAAGAAAAAUGGCGAAUAUGAUGAUUAUUCAGGGCCAUUAACAACAGUUACUACUAAUACUAUAGUAAAUAAUCCAGUUAUAUUAGAUAAAAAUCUUAUUGCAUUAAGAAAAAUGGGGUUUGUUGUUAAAAACAUUGGAGAAAAAAAACUUAAAGGAUUGGAAAAUACCGAAGUAUUAUCAUUAGUUUUUCCGGAAGCACUUAAAGGUCGAAUGGAAGAAGGUCAACAAAAUAGGAUCACACAAGAGAAUAUUUUCCCACCUUCAUGUGUGAGACAACUUGGAUAUCUUUGUUUACGUUUAGAACGUAUUACAUCAGGAAAUAUAAACAAUCAAUAUAAUUCAGCAAGAAAUUCCCGUGCAGAUUAUUUAACAGGCUUAUUAACUUUUCAUGUUAAAGAUAAUGCAGACGAUGAAGAAUUGUUAAGGAUUAUGGAAAGUUUAAUAACAAGAAUUGAGAACGUUAUAUCAGCUUUAUAUCUUAAAAAUGUUAGCAAGCAUACUCGUAUACGUGAAGAGUUUGGAGAAACUACUCAAAUUGAUCCGGAAUAUAUAAUUGAUGCAUUACGAAUGUACAUAAAAAUGGUCGGAAUUAAUAAAACAAAAAGCAAUAAAUGUGAUGGAUCACCAGCAUAA